UACACACACGCAGACACACACACACACCCUUCCUGGAGGUGCUGGGAGCAGCUGCAGCAUUAGCGCCGGGAAGAGGAGCUUCGCCGUUGACUGGAGUUUGCCUUCCCCCCACCCCCCGCCCUCUACCCCACCCCAUACACACACACACACAAAACCCCUCCCCUUCGUACUCCGUUAAUGAAUGGAAGCUACGGCUACCGGAGCGCCGUCCGUCGGAUCGCCGCCGAGGCUGGAUGUCUAUUCUUGAAUUUCUUGCUUUCUAUGCUCUCAAUUUUCUUCCUCCUCCCCCUCCUCUCCCCCCCCCGCCCUCCUCUCCUGGCGUGCCGUUUGUCGGGAAAAAGGACGACGGGGUCUGGUGCUCGACGGGAUAAAGAUGGAGGUGAACGUGGCGUCGCCGCCGCUUGGCAUACUACUCGGCUUUCGCUGCCCGUCGGGCUGAAUGGAGCUGGUUAUUUUUCGGGGGGGUUUAGUUGGUGUUGUUUUUCUGCCUUCAAGAGGGCGCUUUUGUGUUAUUUUUCCUCCGAGGACGGGACGAGCUCUCCUGCGGUGAACUGAGGCAUUGUGGAAGACUGGGCCUCCUCUGGCUUUUAUCUCGCCUUUCUUUGCCCUGCUGGGCUUUAACAGAAAAGGAACAAGCGGAUCCCGAAAAGCACCAUUCACCCCCCCCCCCUUUUUUUUUUGCCUCUGAUGCCCCAUUUCCCUCAUCUCUACCCCUAGCCCCCCCCACCGCGCGCUCCAUCCCACACCUCUCAACACCCUCCCUCCUGCUCCCCCCUCCCACAUCAGAGCGGCUACGUAAUGUGCCUCCCAACGCAUGCAAAUGGGGAUGCUACAAAUGGUGGCUGGGUCCAAUGAAAGGGUGAUGCCUCGCGCAGCCGCCCGCACCACCAACCCAACGCCCGGGAGAGCCCUGCAGCCCAUGACAAGCAGCCACCGCACCGCCAUCAGCGCCGCCGUUUGGAGCCCCGCUUGUGAAUGAGACACGCGUGCGAGGGUGCAUGCCGCUUCCUGCCAUGUUUGGUGUGUGAUCGCUCUAGCAGGACGUUCUUACGGAUGCGGGGGAGGCACUGAGCCUCAGGUUGGUCAACCUCCCCCUGCACCCCUCCCUCUCUCCUCCCUUUUCCCACCCUCCUUCGUCCCCCUUUUCCCACCUUGGUAUCCUCACAAGCUCCCUCGUCUUCCACGUACCCCCCCUCCAAAAAAAAGGGGGUUACGAUGAAGAAGAACCGCAGCGGAAAUUUGCGGCGGGCCUGGCCCAACUCAGAGCUCGGUGAGCGCCCGCUGGAGCGCCAUCUCUCGCGGAGUGAGAAAGACAUCCGUGUGCAGAAGCAGCACCUUCCUCCCCCUCCUCCUCCUCACUUCUCGCCAUCCCCGCCAGGUUUUCGGGCACCAGGUGACGUGUCUCCCAUCAGUAUGUCGCCCAUCAGUCAGUCUCAGUUCAUCCCACUGGGGGAGAUCCUGUGCCUGGCCAUCUCCGCCAUGAACGCAGCACACAAGCCCGUCAACCAGGAGGCGCUAGUGGAGCACCUCACUGCCAGCUUCCCAGGCGUGCCUACACCCAGCUUGGAAGUCCUGCGACACACCCUGAACAUGCUGGUGCGAGAGAGGAAGAUCUACCCGACCCCAGAGGGCUACUUCAUCGUUACUCCCCAGACCUACUUCAUCACGCCAUCCCUCAUAAGGAGCAACAACAAGUGGUAUCACCUGGACGAUCGGCUGCAGGAGCGCCCAACUCAUCCGCAACAGCAGCAGCAGCAGCAGCCUCAGCAGUGCACUUCGCCCAAGUCCGGUAACGUCACGCCGUCCACGCCUGGUUGCUUGACAGAGAGGCCUUCACGCAAGAAUCAUAAUGACUCGUAUAAUUCCCGUCGUGAGGACACGGCUAGGCUUCAUGGCGCUGCUCUCCAAAGUAAGCCACCCAAGGAGCAGAAGGCUGAUUCCCAACCGAGCAAAACACCCAACAGCGGGGAGCCUCCUACAUCCGCCAAGGAGCAGCACCGAGGAGAACCGCCGUCUUAUCCCUACCCGCCUCCUCUCACUUCCCCCCCUGUCAAGCAACCCCUGCCUCAAGAGCCGGCAGAGAAGAGCAAAAGCGUCACGUCGUUCCCUUACAAAACGGACACCCUGACCAAAAAGAAAGAGGGAAGCUCUGGCAGUGGAAGUGGCGAAAAACAAUCCAAACGUUUUGGGCUCAGGCUUUUCCGUCUGAGCUUCAAGAAGGAUAAGAUGAGGCAGUUGGCCACCUUUUCGGCCCAGUUCCCCCCGGAGGAGUGGCCGCUUCGCGACGAGGACUUGCCCACCACGCCUAUCCCCCGGGAGAUAGAGAUGGAGAUCAUCCGGAGGAUCAACCCUGACCUGACGGUGGAGAACGUGGCGAGGCACACGGCCGUGAUGAAGAGGCUCGAGGAAGAGCGUACGCAGAAACACAAGGCGGGGUCGUCGGCCCAGCACAGCGCUCGCAGCCGGAGAGGGAGGGGCCACAGGAGGGCGCCACAUGGUAAGUCCCGCUCACACAGCAAACCGCGGACCUCCAGAGGGGAGCCAUCGGAGGGAUCCAACUGGGAUCUAUUGUUCAUGGAAAGGGAUUACCGCUUCUUUAGCCACUCGCUAGUGCGCUCACCUCGGGAGGCUAUGUACACCUUAGAGCGCAGGCGCAGUGGGGGCGCCACGUAUCUCGUCCACAGCAACCCCAACAUCACCGAGUCGUACUGCCCCGUCACGCCUGAGUGGGAUGUGUCCGGGGAGCUUGCCAAGAGGAGGACGGAGAUGCCGUUCCCUGAGCCGUCUCGGGGCACGUGCCAGUCCAGAGUGCAGAGGAGUCACAGUCACAAUCAGGACAGGAAGUCGCGUCAUGACAGGUCAGAUCAGGCUAAAGAGCGGUCGCGCUCCAUGGACAACGCCCUCAAAGGUCCUUCGCUUGGGCCGCCAGAGGACUUUGAGGCCAGCCUGGAGGAGCGCAGUCACUACUACACGGACGAUGGCACCCUGCGGGCCACACAGAAGUCUAGCCACUACUCAAGGAUCAUGUUCUCUGCUGCUAAGUUCCACUCAGAUUUUAAUGUGCCUGAUUUGGGGAAAGGGUGUGUGGACGAGUCGAGGCUUCGGAGUACGAUGGAGAGGAACAAAAGCAGAGACAGCUUGCCAACGUACAACGAGCUCAUGGGACUUUCUCCUAAGCCCUCCGCAGAUGAGUACUUCCAGUGCAAUACGUCAAAUGAAACAAUCCUAACUGCCCCUUCGCCUCAGGCUAAAUCAGAGUAUGACACGUUAACCUCAUCAGGGGGACUCCGAAAGGGCUCUCCGGCCGACCGCCAAACGCCUCACCUCACGUCUCCUCACAAGGUGGAGUACAAAGAGGAAUUGUCGGCGGCGAAGGGGCCGAGCGGCUCGGUCCGACUGACGCCGAGCCAAACGCCGGAGCCGGCGCAAAAUGCCCGCUUAACGCCGCACCAACACAGCGUGGACCCUGGAGGGGGUGGGGGCAGCCUGUCGAAGAAGAGGAAGGAGAUCUUCAGCAAGGACACUUUGUUCAAACCUCCACACAAUGCCUUGUCCGCAGGCUACGUGGACAGCAGCUACAGCAAGUCUGGCACAUUGCGGAAAGCCUCGCACGCCAAAUCAACAGAGGCCCUUGACAAUCCUGAGCCCCAGCAGCCUUCCAAUUCAGCCGCUUCCUCAGCGUCGCCUGCGCUCCUGCAGGGCUGCUUAGAGCCAACUGUCCCCUCCGCCUCCUUUGACUACUAUAACGUCUCGGACGACGAGGAUGACGAGGAGGCGGAAGAGGACUCGCACAAAGAGUUGGCCAAGGCGGAGGACAACAAGGACCGCAGGGAAUCGGGUGGUAACGGCGGUGGUGGCUGUAAUAGUGGAGGUGGUGUCGUCGGUGGUGGGGAGGGAACCAUAAAGUGGCUACUGGAGAGGGAGAAGGACCACGAGCUCCAGCGCAAGCUGGAGACCAAUCUGACCUUGCUCAGCCCCAAGGAGACCGACAACAGCAGCAGCCAGAAGUCGGCACACUCGGCCCGCUUGGACAGCAUGGACAGUAGCAGCGUCACGGUGGACAGCGGAUUCAACUCCCCCAGGACGCGUGAAAGCCUGGCGUCCAACACCUCCAGCAUCGUGGAGAGCAAUAGGCGGCAGAACCCGGCGCUGAGCCCGGGCCACAUCGGCACCAGCGGCAUGGGGCUUCCCUUCAGCUUCCGCGCCAUCCCGGAGCCGCCCGCCACGCAGCCCGACAAGCUCCAGAAGCCGUCCAACUGCCUGGCGUCCAUCACCAGCGUGUGAAGUGACGCGCCGUGAAGGUGAUGGAAGCUUCCACCACUUUGAGCCUCACCUUUUUGUUUUUUCUUCUUCCUCCGUUUUGUUCUUCUUGGUUUGGUUUCUGGUGUCACAUGAACACACAAUUUGGCACUACUGGGAAUUUACCGGGACUGUUACUAAAAAGAAAAAGAAAAACAGGCAUGGCUUCUAGAGACUGUUCCCACAGCUUCGACAAGAACUUCACUGCAAAAAACAAAAAAAAAAAAACAAAAAAGGAUUUGAAAGAAAAGAAUGGGAAGGAAGACUUUCUGGUCUGGGGAGGUGACUGCUAUCAGGGAGUAGUAGAGUAUAGGAUCCAAGUAACAUUUUUUUUAACAUAUAACUUCAGAAUACAUGUCCGAUUAAAUGUUCUUCUUCCUCAAUUAAGGCUCGCUCCUCCUUCAGGAGGCGUUCCGUGUAUUAUCAGCACAAUGUGGAGACAAGAAGAAGAAAGAUUAUACAAACAUGAAUCAGCUCCGAUUUGUGUGCCGCAAUGCAAAUGAUGUAAUGUAUACUCCAUACUUUUGAUAUCCUAAUUAUUAUAAUGGUGGUAUUAAAGAUGCUAUGUGACCAAAA